GCUGGAAGCCUGGAAACAUUCAGUACACUUUGUGGAAAGUGGGGGUUUGAAGCACUCAGCAUUAGUGUGAGAGUAAUGUUACCCUCACGGAUGUUGUUCCUGUCUGCUGUGCUCUGCGUGGCCCUUUUUCAUCUAAUUUCGGGUCAGAACUGCUCAGAGCACUGUAAAGCAUGCGGGGGCCCAGAGAAAGACCAGUGCCUUCAGUGCCACACCGGAUUCAUCCUGCAUGACAACCUGUGCGUGGAUAUUGAUGAAUGUGGUACUGAUCUGGAUCGGUGUCCCGACAACACAUACUGCUUCAACACCCAUGGCUCUUAUGAAUGCAAAGGAUGUGAUAAGGCCUGUGUUGGUUGUAUGGGUGGAGGACCUGCCCGCUGUAGAAAAUGUGCUGCUGGUUACAGAUCAUCAGGCAUGAGAUGUGUAGAUAUAGACGAGUGCGGUGAGGAGAUAUUGGCCUGUCCUAAGGUCAAUAUGUUCUGUGUGAAUACAGAGGGCUCUUUUCACUGUCAGUGUGCAGUGGGUUACACACGCAGAGGCAACACCUGUGAGAGGAGCCAGAAAACAGCGUCUGAAGAAAAGGGUCUUUUUGACGACAUUCAGGAGGAUGAAAUCGAGGUUCUGCAGCAGAUGUUCUUCGGUGUUGUGCUGUGUGCAUUGGCCACAUUGGCGGCUAAAGGGGACUUGGUGUUCACCUCCAUCUUUAUGGGGGCAGUGGCAGCCAUGGCCGGAUACUGGCUCUCUGAUAAGAGCGACCGAGUGAUAGAUUCCAUCUUGAAGGGGAGAUAAAUACAAAGUUUACUACUUUUGAGGUGGGCCAUUUCUUACACCAUAUGAUGGUAUGUUCACACACACAGUCCAAGGAAGCUAUAAGCAACAUUUUGUGUGGUAUUCAAAAAUAAAGCAAUGAGCCACAA